GAAAUUCGUAAAAAUAUGUAAAUAAUGUUGAUCCAAAAUAAGAACAUAUUUCUAAUUAUAUAAUUUUACACACGUUAGAUUUUAAUAAACUAAUAAAAUCUUAACAGUUUUAUGCUUGAAUGUAUUAAUGACACGUGCAAUUCUAGAUAUUUUGAUAAUUCGUUUUUGUAACAACAAAUUUCUUCAAUCCAGUCAUCCAAUCAUAAUAAAUAUAUCAACUACAUCAUCGGUUGUCCAACUAUAAAAAAAUCCCGAGAAUCAAUGUGUCGCUCUGAGAAAUAUUUAAUAGAAAUCGUUCUGAACGAGCAGCGCUUGUGAACAAAUUAUGUUACAUAACCUGUAUUAUUAUAUAUUCUUGUCUGGAGUAUAAUAAAAUAAAAAAGUGAAAGACAAACAGUCAAGAUUAUAAUUAAGAAUCAAAAUGAAAUUUUCAACUUCUCCACCUACAAGUCGUUGUACAUCCCCAAUUUUAGUAGACGUAGGAUCAUCGUUACCAACACCAGUUACAUAUAGGCAUAAUUGUAUUAGUGCUGCUACCAAAUGUUACAAAUACUUGAGGAAGUUAUUAAAAUUCGAACAAAUGGAUUUUGAGUUUGCUUUAUGGCAAAUGAUUUUUUUAUUUACAGCCCCACAAAAAGUUUAUAGAAAUUUUCAAAGUAGAAAACAAACUAAGUCACAAUUUGCAAGAGAUGAUCCAGCAUUUUUAGUAUUAUUAACAUGUUGGCUUUGCGUGUCAGCAGUUGGAAUUGCCAUAGUUUUGGGAUUAGGUUUUCUCCAAUUUCUAAGGCUUUUACUUUAUAUGAUUUUUGUUGAUUACAUCGGUGUUGGCUUAUUAGUAGCUACUGUUUUUUGGUUUGUAACUAAUCGGUAUUUAAGAAUUGAUAGAAGUCAGGAUGUCGAAUGGGGAUAUGCAUUUGAUAUUCACUUGAAUGCUUUUUUUCCACCUUUAAUAAUACUUCACAUAUUACAACUUUUUAUAUAUAAUGGCCUCGUAAAUUCAAAUGUUUUUGGCGCACGAUUCGUUGGUAAUACGCUUUGGUUUAUAUCCGUUAUAUAUUACGUAUAUAUUACUUUUUUGGGUUAUACAAGUGUUGAAAUACUUCACAAGACACACAUCAUUUUUUCCGCUCUACCAAUAAUGUUAUUAAUAUAUAUAAUUACAUUAUGUUCUGGAAUCAAUAUCAGUCGCCUGAUUAUGGAUUUUUAUCACUAUAGAGUUAAUUAAAUAUAUUAUAAAUAUAAAACGAUUUAUUGUGUGAACAUUUUUGAAAAUAUUUAAAUGUAGCACACAUACAUUUUUUUUAAUUUAUAUUAUAUUAAUAUACACAGACAAAAAAAAUAUUAUAUACGUACAUAGGAGUAGAAUCCUUAAUGUUAAAAGAAUUAUUUGUAUAUAAUAAUAUUUGUGAAUAUUGUUUUGUAUAUUUUCUCUUACGAGUUAGUAUUUUUUACUGCUUAAAAAAUAAUCUAAAAAAA